UCGGCAGCUGCUGUGUCUUUAAGGCCGGGUCUCUGCGCUCCCUCCCGGCUGCCUGGUGCCACGCUGCGGCGCCUGCUCAGUGCGUCUCCGUCGCUGCUGCUCGGAUCCUGGACCAGGAGCUCUUCUCUGUCCGUACGUCUCCUACUCUCUGCCUGCGCGCGCGCGUGUGUGUGUGUAUGAGAGAGUUUGUGUGAGUGUAUGUGUGUGUGUGUGCUGUCUGAUAGUAACCUAUGGAUUGACGGAGGGAGCCUAUUGUUGUCAGCCCGGUGGUUUGUUCUGCUGGAGCUGCACUUUCAGCGGAGAAUGCCCAGAGGAUCCGGAGCUGUGUUCCUGCACGGAUAGCGCAGAAAUACAACCGAGAAACACGAUAUUGACAUGAAGAAAGACAUUGAGACUCUAAUAGCAGAGGAACGUGCUGAUAUCAUCUUGAAAUAUGCUACGGGCAGGCAGGGCGGGGUGGAGAUCGACCCCUGGGAAGAUGCUGACUACAGCAUCUACAAAGUCAUCGACCGCUUCGGCUUCAUGCAUGAGGACGAGCUGCCGGCCCCGACUGCACACGAGGAAAAGAGGAAGCAACUGGAGAUCGAGCGGGCAGAGAAGUGGCUGAAGAUGGUGAAGAAGUGGGACAAAUACAAGAACAGUGACCGGAUGGUGAAACGGGUGUACAAGGGCAUCCCCCUGCAGCUGCGGGGCCGCGCCUGGGCGCUCAUGCUGGACGUGGAGAGGGCCAAGAAGGAGAACGAGGGCAAGUAUGAGAGGAUGAAAGAGCAGGCCCAGCUGUACUCGGCAGAGAUCAAACAGAUCGACCUGGACAUCAACAGGACGUUUCGAAACCACAUCAUGUUUCUGGAUCGCUUCGGAGUCAAGCAGCAGUCUCUCUUCCAUGUUCUCUCUGCAUAUUCAGCGUACAACACAGAGGUGAGCUACUGCCAGGGGAUGAGUCAGAUUGCCGCCCUGCUACUCAUGUACAUGAACGAGGAGGACGCCUUCUGGGCGCUGUCGCAGCUGCUGACCGACCAGAAGCACGGCAUGCACGGAUUUUUUGUUCCUGGGUUCCCCAAACUUCAGAGAUUCCAGGCACAUCAUGAUCAGAUUAUUUCCAAACUCAUCCCCAAACUGAAGAAACAUCUGGACAGGGAGCAGAUGUCUGCAGGGAUUUACUGCACUAAAUGGUUCCUGCAGUGCUUCAUUGACAGGACGCCGUUCACGCUGACCCUCCGCCUGUGGGACAUCUUCAUCCUGGAGGGAGAGAGACUCCUCACCGCCAUGUCCUACACCAUCCUGAAGAUUCACAAGAAGCGUAUGCUGAAGAUGUCUCUGGAGGAUCUCAGAGAGUUCCUGCAGGAGCGGAUCGUUCACACUUUCUACUACAGCGACGACGUGAUCAUCGAGCAGCUUCAGGCCUCCAUGACUGAGCUGAGGAAGAUGAAGCUGGACCUCCCUCCUCCAGGGAAGCCAGAUGAGUUGCCUCGUAAGCCUCUGGGCCAGGAGCUGCCGGUGCUGCUGAGUCCGGUCCAGCCCUCCAGAGGGAAGCCGUCCUCAGCCCGAGCCGGCCUGAGCCUUCACAUCAUCUCCCACCAGCCCGACUCCAUCUCCCCGGACCAGAGCCCCUCCAAGGAUCCCAGGGAUCUGGACGCCGUGGACGAGGAGGAGGCCCCGCUGCCUUCCCCAGACCCCAUCAUCAUCCACAGCCGGGCCCCGCUCACCCCUGACGGCUCCCCGCUGACGGGGCCUCCGCCUUACCAGCCGCCGGGGAGCGAAAUCCCAGCAGGUCUCCCCUCACCGCCGGAUCAGGGCCGAGAUGAAACGGCACCACAGAUCGCGGAUCCACCCUCGCCGGUCUCCACAGAUGACUCCUCUGUGGCCCCUCGCUCUGCCGUCAGCACCGAGCAGGCCUCCUGCAGGGUCCCGCGGACUCUCUCGGCUCCCGUAGCCCUGCUGGCCUCACCGGCUGCAAGUCUGUCUCAGUCUGAGAGUCUCUCUGCAGCAGGGAGAGAUGAGGACAGUUACCUGGUCCAGCUGCUGGAGCAGGCCGCCGCUCUGCCCACCAACAGGAACCUGAAUCAGGACUCGCCAGAGGACACACAGGCUCCGGACACGUCCUGAAAUGAGCACCAGUUUAUGGAUCAUGUUCCCUCUCUCCGUUCAUUUAGUGUCUCACCUGUUUGGUACAUAAAAAUGUUCUGUACAGGUCAAGUUUGGACAGUUUGGUGGACAAGGUCACUGUUAAUAAUCAGUCAGAUUAUCAAUGUCAAGCAAUAAUUGCUUAAAAAUGUGUUCAGCAGUUUGAGAAACAAUAUUAGUUUUGGUUUGAUUUGUCCAAUUUUGAGCGACAAAGUAACUAACUUUCUAAAAAAAAGUUUUAAAGAAGCAAAUUUGCCCCUUUAAGAAAAAAUCAAUACUAUACUAUACUGCUAUACUAUAGAAUUACUUUUUUUGAAGGGGGUCAUUUUUGGACAUCCCAUAAUAUAGUGUUUUUCAGUUAAUUUCUGGUCAGACUAUAAUUGACCCAUUUUAAGUAUGUUUAGGCAUUUUAAAUUUGACCAUUUUUGACAAAAAUCAACAUGCCUUUUGUAUGACUUUUUUCAGUUUUUGGACAUCCCAUAAUAUGGUGUUUUUUCACUAUUUUUGGACAAACUAUACUACCACAUGUAUCAACAGAUGUUGCCCCAUUUCUAGCAUUUUAAGUAUUUAAACAUGUUUUUAUGUGAGGUCCAGGUCAUCACAUUAUCAGUUGCAGAAAUCAAAUGGACUCACUGUUUGGUCUGUAUUUAUUGAGCAUCUUAUUAAGAAUCACUCCUGGAAGUUAAAUUGGGUCUAAAACCAGAGAUCCCUCUGAGUAGGAUUUAUUUGUAAGGUCCUGUGUGCAAAAUAGGGAGCCAAAACUGCAGAUAUUCAUUGCUUAAUAAUAUAAUUAACCAAUAGGCCAUUUGCAUAUUAGACUGUAAGUAAAUAAUAUGUAAUAAUGUUGCAAAGCCACACAGGUUUCUGGCAGGACAGCAUGUGUUCUUUCAUCAGUUCUGCAUCAAAAUGAAUCCGUUCUAACAAAGUGUUAUCUUUUAAUGAACUGUUGGCAGAUAAUCUCUCCUCACACAGGACGUCUCUGUCUGAAUGUCGUCUCCCUCAGCUCCCGACAGGAUGGGGGGAAUUUCCUUACUUUAAAAAAUAUGAUAAAAGGCUUUUACACCUUGGCCAAUUAAGACGGAUAUCUAUGGACGCCUUUUCUGCCAGUAAAAAAAGAAAAAAGGAUAAAAACUUGAUGAAAAAUUGAUCCUGUGAGUCAUUAUGAUGAAAAAACUUUCUUGAAAGUAUGACUUAAUAUCCCAAAAUAAUGAGAAACUUCUCAGAACGUUCUUAGUUAAUGUUUUGAGUAAAAGCCUCUCAUUAUUUUGAGAUACUUCCAUGGAUUUAUUUACUCUGAGACUCUCAAUAAAUACAGACCCUGUUUGACUGCAGUUGCUCUGCAGCUUUGUCAGGUCUAAAAAACACUGAUGACGUCAUGCUUAUGUCAUCACAAAUGUCUCAAAUUGGGUUUGGAGACUAAAGAUCUUUAGUGGAACUUCUGAGUUACCAGUUGUGGGUUUGGUGUGUAAACAAUGUGGGUGUUUUCCAGGGAAGUGUAGGAACAAGAAACAAGUGAUUUUGAAACUUGACUCAUACUAGGGACUGAAAUGUAGCCAUUCGGGAAAGGACAGUCCAGAUGUUUUGAAGUGUGGUUGUAUGAUGUUCUUCACCAGAGUCAGUUUAUGACUUGAAACUGAAUCUGUUACCUUACUCUCUUCAAAACCACCAGACUC